UGCCGGGGGCUUUGCUGGAAGCUCCUAGGUCCUUACCCACUGGUCCAGGAAGCAGAGGAAGCAACAGAAACUGAAGAUCAUUUGUUCAUGGAUGAAGAGGCUGGCCGUACUGCUGCAGGCUGAGAGAUUACAUCACGGACAGAUCUCCCUACCUCUGGUCAUGGCUGUAAACAGAUGCAUCAAGUAUUCCCUAUUCUUCUUUAAUUUGCUCUUCUGGGUCAGUGGUUGUGUCAUUCUUGGUGUCUCCGUAUACCUCAAAGUGAUUAAAGAUGGAAACGAGAUAACCAGUGUCUCUUUCCUCGGAACGCUCUUGCUAAUUGCUGUGGGUGUGAUCAUCAUGAUCUUUGGCUUCCUCGGUUGCUGUGGUGCAAUUCGUGAGAGCAGAUGCAUGCUGUUGCUAUUCUUCAUCGGGCUGCUCGCCAUCUUCUCUCUCUUGUUGACUGCGGGCAUCCUGGGAGUCACUGAGAAGGACAAGGGCAUGAACUGGAUCAAGGAGAAGCUGGAGAAGCUUAAACCUCUGGAGAAUAUGACCGACUCAGUUCAAACUGAUCUCCAGGCUGUGCAAGAGAAGGGCAAAUGCUGCGGGUUGUUCAAAGGGUACCACGAUUGGGGAACGAAGACAGUCCCCAAUUCCUGUGACUGCAAGGAAAAAUCGUAUGGGUGCGUGAAUGUCUCGGAACAACGGAUGGUGUAUAGAACACCUUGCGUUGAGUUUGUGCAAACUUUUUUCAAGCAACACCUGGCAGUAGUUCUGGGAGUAGCUUUUGCCAUCGCAAUCCUGAUGCUUUUCGGAAUGACCUUUGCUAUGACUUUGUGCUGCCAGAUUGGCAAGAAAGAAGCUACCAGUGCAGAGAAUAUGAAAAUGCCCGAGUAGAAUCAUUGAGGAAGGUGUGUUUCAUAGUGAAGAUGUUCAGUGCAUAUCCUCCUAGUUCAGUGUUUCCCAAUCCAGUCCCCAGGGACCCACAGACAGUCCACGUUUUUGGUAGCAAAAAUGUGGACUGUCUGGCAGGGAGUUUGGAGGGAGCAAAAACAUGGAUCCACUGUGGGUCCCCAAGGACUGGGUUGAGAAACACUGACCUAGGUGGUCCCAGUGGUUGCAGGCUAAGCUCCAUGUGUCUCUGACAGAAGGCUAACUGUCCCUUUAAAAGUGUACCUGUGAUUCUGAUUUCUUUUCUGUUGUUUCAUGUGCGUGUAUAUGUUAAAUUAAGCUAAGCGACACUGUACUUGUUUAAUAGCUGUACCAAUGAAAUAUAUUACAGAAAGAUAUAUAAAAUGUACAGAUGUCCAUCGUCUUACGUCCAGGUUUUGUCCUGGAAGUGAGGACAUAAGUCAGUCUGAACGUAUGCUGAUCGUUAUAGGAAAGAGGUCAAAUAUACCGUAUAACAUAAGAUACAAUAUCACACACAUUUGAAUAAAGUGCAGUCGGUUUGUUUUGGUUCUAGCCGCAUGCUGCACACGUAGUGAGAUAUGUCCGCUCACGUCCACUGAAGGUCUGUUUCGGACAUCUCUUGAGGAAUGUUAUUACGGCUUUUGUGGGAUGUACAACUGGAUAUUACCUAAUAGGAUGCAAGUUGACGGAUGACUGUAUAUUGCAAUAUUCAUAUGAUUGUGGCAUAUGACAUGUAAGAAUUGAUAUAUUAGUAUGCAAUUCUGUUUAGUUGCAUUACUUACU